CAUUUUAGAUCUUUUUGUGUUUGUGUUUGUGAAUUGGGUUGUUAGUGUUCAAGAUGCCCGAGCCAGCCAAGUCAGCUCCGGCCCCGAAGAAGGGCUCCAAGAAGGCGGUGACCAAGGCGCAGAAGAAGGACGGCAAGAAGCGCAAGCGCAGCCGCAAGGAGAGCUACUCGGUGUACGUGUACAAGGUGCUGAAGCAGGUGCACCCCGACACGGGCAUCUCGUCCAAGGCCAUGGGCAUCAUGAACUCGUUCGUCAACGACAUCUUCGAGCGCAUCGCGGGCGAGGCGUCCCGCCUGGCGCACUACAACAAGCGCUCGACCAUCACGUCCAGGGAGAUCCAGACGGCCGUGCGCCUGCUGCUGCCCGGGGAGCUGGCCAAGCACGCCGUGUCCGAGGGCACCAAGGCCGUCACCAAGUACACCAGCUCCAAGUAAACUUGCCAAGUAAGCGUCCUGUCAUCCAACCCCAAAGGCUCUUUUCAGAGCCACUUCCAUUCUCA